AUAUAUUUUGAUCGAUAGAAUUAAUUCUGUUUCUCAUAAAAAAAUUAUUGAACGAUCGAGUUCAACUGAGAUCGGAGAAAUAUGAAAAGAUUUAAUAAUAAGCGAAUCGAUCAAUUAUAAUCGAAUAUUUUUCUCGAUCUAACCUUAUAUUGUUAGAAGUACGAAAAAAAAGAAAAUACUCAAUAAUAAUUGGUCGAGAUCCGCGCCCGGUCUAACCCAACUCAACUGACAUGUCUUCUUGAAGUGUAACGUGAUCUGCGUUAUCAAAACCUGUCAGCAUUUAUCAGCGGAUAUUUUAUUAGUGUUGGCUGUUGAGACGCACAAGUUAUAAACCAAAUGGGAUUCAUAGCUUCUAGCUUUGUAUUCACGAUAUACCUGAAAAAUCCUUUCCUACAUUUGACAUAAUUGACAAUCUGGAACAACGUAUAUGCCAAUCAACUAAUGGGGAACGAAAAAAGUGCUCUACGCGGACUUGAAAUCGAAGAUAAGGCUGUCGAAGUUACAGACUAUUGGAUGCAUUAUGACGCGAGCAUAAACGAUUCAAAUCUACAAAAACUGUCGAUCUUUAUCAGCGAACCAUCCUUGCAUUUUACAGCAACAUUUAGAAGACCGUCACCAUUAGAGCGAGCAGCAAAGAAUUUCAUGUUACAUCGGCAUCCUUGUAUUUUGAAAUAUAUCUCUUCAUGGAACAAAGGUAGCAAGUUUUUUCUUGCCACAGAAGAAGCCAGGCCAUUGAUUCAAGUUGUUGAGAAACAGAAUAUAUUACAAAUAUGUAUCGGUUUACAUAGUAUCUUGCGAGCUUUAAUAUUUCUACACGAGACUGCAUUGGCAUCGCAUAACAAUGUAUGCAGCAGUUCUAUUUAUGUUACUGCGGAAGGAUAUUGGAAAUUGGGCGGAUUAGAGUGCUUAUGUAAAUUGGCAGAUGCGACAUCAACAUAUUAUCAAAGGAUAAAAAGUUACAGAUAUGAAAAAGCGAUAUCGCCAAACGAAGACAUAGCCGAUUUAAUUAAAUCUGAUAAUUUAACUUCAAUUGAUUCAUAUGCAUUUGGAGUAUUGGCGGAAGAUAUUUUGAAAAACUUACAAGAUACAGAUGAAGCAUUAAAUUUAUCGGAAUUUAGAGAGUUUUGUAAAAAGAAUCUGCAGAAUCCAGAUGCAUGUUUGAGAAGUAGAUUAUUGAAUGUAUUGCAACAUUCAUUCUUCACUCACGAGUUUAUAAGGAUACAUGCAUUUCUAGAAGAAUUACCAUUAAAAACUGACAUUGAAAGGGAAGAAUUUUUCACGAAGUUGAGGCAACAGCUACAGAUGUAUCCCGAAGCUGUUGUUGCCGAACAAUUAGGCAGAGUACUUCUUUCCAGAAUUGUUUUGUUGGAUAGCACUGCCCAAGUAAAACUUUUACCUUUUAUUUUUAAACCCAAAGAUGAGAAAAACGAUUUGGGGACUGGUCUAUUCACAGUUUCUACCUUUAAGAGUAUUCUAGUACCAAGACUUUUGCAAAUGUUUUGCAUUCGAGAUGUUUCCAUCCGUUUGUUACUAUUAUCCCAUUUUAAUUCGUUUGUACAUGUAUUUGAAGUGGAUGAACUGAAGAACCACAUUCUUCCUGAAUUACUUGUCGGGAUAAAAGACACUAAUGACGAUCUCGUCUGUGCUACAUUAAGGGCAUUAGCUGACAUAGUACCGAUCUUGGGUGCAGCGGCGGUUAUUGGUGGAAACCGGGGAAAACUAUUUACAGACGGUCGGCCAAAUAAGAUAAUAACUCAAAACAAAAAUGUCGACGUUAGAAAAGGUUUAACGUUUGCGCAGGAAAUACCUGUUUUUGUAAAUAUAGAUGAGAAUAAUGUGCAUUUAUCAGAAAGGCCAUCACCGGAUGGUGGCGAGGAUAAGAGGGAAAAAGAAUUUGCGUUCGCCGAAGAGGAAGGCACCUGGUCGGAUUGGGAAACGCAAGAGACAGCCAUUGGAAAUAGCCAGUGUGAUAUAGCAGAGGCUCUUUCAAAUACUGUGGAGACGGAAUUGCAAAACGUUAAUUGCGAUGCGCAAUCAUCGCCGCCCUUGUCGGAAUCAUCGUCAAGUGCUAUGAAAACAAAGUAUACAAAGAAACUAGUACUUUCCGACAUCACAGAGCUUGAUAUAAAGAAUUCAAAGGUAAUAAAAUCUGCAAAGGAAGAAUUUGAUUUCUUUACAGAUAUGGAACCUGUGAUACAGAAGACGCAGAUCUUGCAUAUUCCAGAGGUGCAAUCACCGAAAAGCAUGUUUGAUGUAAAAACAGUAAAUGCUGCUUUGGAAGAGCAUGACGAUAAUGGUUGGGCAGAAGAUUUAAGUGAUUUGAGCAUAGAUGAGACACAUGAAUUAGCAGAACAGUGAGCUGCCUCUUUGUAAAAAGACAAUUAUUUGCACAAAUAGGAUAGUGAGAUUAUGAUAUGAUAAACGAUAUGCUCAUUUAGUUGUAUCCAUUUUUAUCAACUUCCAACUAGUAUAUGUGAUUGCCAACAAUACAUCAUGUGUAUAUCAUUAAAACAAAUAUUUUUAAUAAAUGUAAAAUAUAUAUGUUAAAUACACAAUACAAAGA